GAUUGGAUCCUCGCCCUCGUCGCCCCGCAUAACAAGCACUAGUUAGUAACCCUCACAAACAGAGGAUCGGAAUACAAUGGCUCUCGAGGCUUGGGUGAUGGAGGAGAGUGAUGAGGACCAGAGGCUCCCUCACCAGAAGAACCCUAAUCAGGUUGUGCCCCUCACCGAGCUCGAAGAAAUCGGGGUUUUGUAUUGGCAUUUGGAUCCUAAGAAACAAGAAAGUGGUGAAGAACUGGAGAAAAUUCGAGAGACUAGAGGAUACAGCUACAUGGAUUAUUUGGAGUUAUGCCCUGGGAAGGUUGACAACUAUGAGGAGAAGCUGAAGAACUUCUACCGAGAGCACAUCCACGCUGAUGAAGAAAUCCGCUACUGCUUGGAAGGUAGUGGAUACUUUGACGUCCGCGGCAAAGAUGACCGUUGGAUCCGGAUUUGGAUAAAAGAGGGGGAUAUGAUUGUAUUGCCUGCUGGGAUCUAUCAUCGGUUCACGCUGGACACUUCAAACUAUGUGAAGUUGAUGAGGCUGUUCGUGGGAGAACCUGUUUGGACCGCUUACAAUCGACCUCAGGAAGAUCAUCCUGCGAGGCAAGGCUAUGUUAAGAAUCUACUAAACAACUCCGGAGUUGCUCUUGAAGCCCAUUAAACUGUACGUUGCAAAAUUUCACUUGGUUGGCUAUAAAAAUACUGAGAACUUGGAAUCACUAUGUAUAUUUUCGCAUCGUAGUCUCUAUAUAACUCUGAGAGAAAAACAUACUCUGUAAUCAUGUGACUAAGUAAGCUGCACAAAAAAUCUGUUUAGCAUGAAUAUUUCUUGUUGAGAAUGCCUCCUCUGUAGCUUCUUGCUAUAAACAGCCUUUUGCCCUUUUGUCCA